AUGACACAUCAAUGAGGACUGCAUUGUGAUGCAGUUCUGAUGAUGCCCCUGCCACCCUGUGAUGCACCAUAAAAUGCUUAAAAUGUGCAGUUCUCAUGUGAAGGAGAGACGAAGCUCACGGCUUGAAAGUAGCGGCGGGGAUUACUUCACUUGCUCUUAGCUCCUGUCGAGUUGCCCCAGAGACGGAGGCGCCGCCGCCCCGCGGGACCAAUGAGAGCCCCGCUGCUGCCGCCGGCGCCCGUGGUGCUGUGGCUGCUGAUCCUCGGCUCAGGUCCCUCUGCGGCUGGAUUGGAACUCAAUGAUACCUACUCUGGGAAGGGAGAAUCGUUUUCCGGGGACCACAGCACUGACGGGCUUGAGGUCACCUCUAGGAGUGAGAUGUCCCCAGGAAGCGAGAUUUCCCCUUUGAGUGAAACGCCUGCUACUGGUGACCUGUCCUCCGGGGCGGACGAUGACUAUGCAGAAGAGUAUGAUAAUGAACCACAAGUGUCUGGCUAUAUCGUAGAUGAUUCAGUCAGAGUUGAACAGGUAAUUAAACCCAAGAAAAACAAGGCAGAAAGUGAAAAGACUUCAGAUAAACCCAAAAGAAAGAAAAAGGGAGGCAAAAAUGGCAAAAACAGAAAAAACAAAAAGAAGAAAAACCCAUGUGAUGCAGAAUUCCAAAACUUCUGCAUUCAUGGAGAAUGCAAAUAUAUAGAGCACCUGGAUGCAGUAACGUGCAAAUGUCAUCAUGAUUACUUUGGUGAACGCUGUGGAGAAAAAUCCAUGAAGACUCACAGCAUGGUGGACAAUGAUUUAUCAAAAAUUGCUUUAGCAGCCAUGGCUGCCUUUGUCUCUGCUGUGAGCUUCACAGCUGUUGCUGUUGUUAUUACAAUCCAGCUUCGAAAACGAUGCUUCAGGGAAUAUGAAGGAGAAGCUGAAGAACGAAAGAAACUUCGACAAGAAAAUGGAAAUGCACCUGCCAUUGCGUAGCUGAGGAUAACACAGGAUAUCGUAUUGGAGCCACUGCCAAGUCACAACUAUGAAUGAUGUGUUGGUCUGCUUUUCACUGGAUCAUAAGAAAAUGGCACCAUUUUGUUCUGAUGCUUUUAAACUUUCAAUUGUCACUUUUUAUGCUAAGUCUUAUUUCUGUACAUAAAGAUGCAUGGAGAUAAAAAGUAUUUUUUCAAGUUGUAAAUAAUUUAUUUAAUAUUUAACAGAAGUGUAUUUAUUUUAUGGUUCAUUAAACUUUUUUAAUCAAACUGA